UCACACAGUACGCGCACUUCCUGCGUCUCUUGAGUUCUGAGCUCUGUGAUUCCCUUCUAGAAACCAAUUACAGGGUCUUAGAUCUCUCUCCCUCUUUCAGAACUAAAGAAAUAGAAAAUCUUGACAUAUUUAGAUUUCUUCUGUUAUAUUCAAUUUAGUAUCCAACUAUCCAUUUGAUUUUCUAGUGCUAACCCGGUUUUUCAAGAAUGCUUAUGUUGUUUACUCAUUAUAAUCCACUUGGGUUUCUGAGUCUUUGAGGAGAUUAUCCACCUUAUUUUAGGGAUUGCAGAGGCGUUGACCUUUUGGGAGAAGAUGAUGCAUCAAUUCUUCAAAGUCAGCGCAAAAGUUUGAGUCUUUCUUUCUUUUACGCUUUCUUUUUUCAGGCACAGCGGUGAUUAUAUAUUUAUAUCUUCUGAGUGUUUUCAGGAUUUGGUUCAGAUAGGUUUCUAGAUUUUGCCUGAAAUUUGGUAGAUUGAGCAGUAGAGAUUGCAAAGUCGUAAUCUUUCUGAGAUUGUGGUUUGUAAUACAACUGUUUGAUGUAUUUCCUGAGAGGAGUGUCUUGAUUUUGUGUUGAAAAACUCUGGGGUUGUUGAAGCUGGUUGUACUUUGAGCUGAAAGGAUUGUGACUGUACAUUUGGCAAUGGAUAUGGAUGAUAAUGAGUUGAACCUGGGUAAAAAUAAGCUUGUGGAAGGAAUGGAAUCUCAAAAAGAUGUAUUGAAUGGGGAGAAAGAAGAUGAAGAUGAAUCAAAGUCCUUGCUGCCAUCUAAGAGAGGUGGAUUAUUGAAAAAGCCUGUAAAUCCCAAGCUAAAAGUGCAGUGGAAUGAUAGAAAUGGGGAUAAGCUUGCUGAGAUCUUGGAAUUCCAACCAAGUGAAACAAGCGACUCGGAAGAAGAGGAAUCGGACUCUUGUAUGUGUAGAGUAAUGUAGUUCUUAUCAUUUGUUACACGAUUGAGCUAAUUUUCCCAUGAAGUUACCCAAGCCAGAGGGGUAAUUGCCUUGAUUCUCUAAUCAAAUUACAAGUGACAGUAAUAGCAGAUUCUUGCAAAAGCAUAUCAUUUAUCGUUUUGGUUCACGUGGCCAACCAAAACUACUUUCUUUAUAGAAAAUAGAUCAUAGGACUUGCUGUGUCAUAUGUAACAUACUGAGUCUACACUCUUGACAUCAUUGUAUUUUACUGAAUAACAGUGUAUAUGUACUCUUAUGAUUAAUAAGAGACCACUGUCCCUGAUUGUUGUGUA